AUGCCUAUCCUAUUACAUGACCGCCAUCUAAACCGGUUGAAGAUAUCCCGAGCUACCAUCUCCCAACGGAAAGAUCCAGUAACCAAAUGCUCCCUGGCCUCCGUCGGGCUGAUGUGGAGUUUGGGCCUUGCUUGUAAGGAUAUCUUUGCUCUAAGGAAUAAAAAGGAUCUUCACACCCCAGAUAAUCUAUUCAUUAUUGUUAUGGUUGACUGGGUCGUGGCGACUUUCAUGUUCUCAGGAGCCUGUGCCUCCGCGAGCUUGACAAUUUUCUUCAUGUGGGAUGUGAACUUCUGCGAGACAUACUCGAAGCUGGCCUGCCGGCAGUUCGUGCUUUCGGUCGUCCUGGCGUUCAUCACGUGGUUGCUGCAAGCUGCGUCUUCUUUCUCCGCGUUCUGGCUACUGGUUUCGUUCUCCUAG